CAGAGUUCCGCUUGCGGCUGAGGCUUGGAACGCAGAGUUUCGCUUCCGGCUGAGGCGUGGAACGCAGAGUUCCUCUUGCGGCUGAGGCUUGGAACACAGCGUUCCGCUUGCGGCUGAGGCUUGGAACGCAGAGUUCCGCUUCCGCCUGAGGCGUGGAACGCACUGGAAGCUGUCGCUGGAGCCUGGUUAGAUACAUGUGGAGGCUUGGUGCGGGCAGUCUGUCCUUCACAUGGGGUAAAAAGCCGGGGUAAUUAGGGCAGUUUCCUUACAGCUUGUCUCUCAGGGUAUUGUUUAAUAAUGAAUUUAUUCCAAUCAUUGGCUCCCUGUGUGCAGAGUGAAGGUCACUAGCUGAGUGGAGUGCAAGCGCUAAAGACCACAUCUUCUACAUGACUCAGCUGGUCCUGAAAGCUUGCACUCUAAUCAGCUUCUCCAAUAAAGUUACCGCUCCUAUACUCAGCCUGGGGCUAGCCUUUAUAUUUUUAUUGCCCAGCGCUGUGUCUGAAAACAAUGUCAUAUUAGAUAAUUAUCGCACUAAAAGGUAUCGAGUGGCUAGUUUGUCGACAUCCUGCGAUAACCAUUUUAGAAGGCAGACGAUGCAUUAUUACCGCAUACAGAUGUGUGUUUAGCUCUCUUUGCUGUUGUUGUUCAUGAGGGGAAAAAAAUGCUAAAAAUAAAUUGAGUAAUAUUUGAUGUAUGUAUUUUGAGGACCAUCGAAACAUUAUCUCCAUAAUUAAGACAUUUGUAGAAAGUCUAGUGCGGCCAUGGAAUCUCUUGAUCUGCCUGCUUCUUGCAGCUAACCUGUAUGACUCUCCAAAACGAAGGUUUACAGUAGUUCAUCUAUAUAUAAGAUGACUAUUUCUUUAAAGUAGGUGCAGCUUUGUACUGAGCCAAUACCAUGUAAUAAUUUCUGUUUCUAUUUCCUAAACACAGCAUGAAGAAUAGGAAGAAACAUUAAUUCGAGCAGGUCCAUCAGGCGUAAAAAUGCCGUUUGCUGAUUUUAUAUCUGCUCUCAAAGACAAUCCCUAUUUUGGUGCCGGGUUUGGCCUGGUUGGCGUGGGGACAGCACUGGCUUUGGCUCGUAAAGGUGCCCAGGUUGGUAUGGUUGCCUUUAGGAGACACUAUAUGAUAACACUGGAGGUGCCAAGCAAAGACAAGAGCUACCAGUGGCUUCUGAAUUGGAUAUCUCACCACGCCAAGCACACUCAACAUCUGAGUGUGGAGACAUCUUAUCUACAGCAUGAGAGCGGAAGGAUAAGCACCAAGUUUGACUUUGUUCCAAGUCCUGGUAACCAUUUCAUCUGGUAAGUGAUCUAAACCAAAGGUAUCUUUUAAUUUUAUGUAAAAAAACCCAACAUAUUCUACAGCGUUCUUGUCUCAUGUCUGUGAGAAGAUGUAUUAAGUUUUCUAUUUAAAAAGUGAGAUAUUGUAGCAGAGUGUGAUGAUUAUAUAAUGUUAGUGAAUACCUAAAGCUCCGAUUAACUACUCUAUGUAAAUGAUUCUGGAAUUUGUAGUUUAUCGGUUAGUUUUCUACAGUAGAAAUCUGACCAUUGAACUCCCAAAACUACUCAUAAAGUACUGUUGUGCAAAGACCUUUGUAUUAAGCUAUGUCUCACCAUCCCCAGGUACCGGAGGAAAUGGAUUAGAAUUGAGAGAAAUCGUGAGAAGCAGAUGAUUGACCUGCACACUGGAACCCCCUGGGAAAAUGUCACAUUCACUGCUUUUGGGACCAAUCGGAACAUUUUCUUUAACAUUCUGCAGGAAGGUAAAUCCGACAUGAAGGAUAUUCAAACUGUAUUUGGAUAUAGGAGGGGGCAUUUAUCAUUUAGAUAAAUUGGAUAUGAGAGCUUAAACAAUUGUUUUUGAGAAAACAGAAUGCUUAAACCUUUCCUUUAUGAUAAACCAGUGGUUUUUAUAAAAAAUAUAUUUGGUAAAAUUAUCAGAGUUAAUUGGCUUAUAGUAAACACAGAAUGAUUAAAGACUUAUAUCUGGGUAACUCUAGAGGUUUUACAGUUGUUUUAAGGUCAACUGUUGUUAUUAAACCUUUUUUUAUUAUAAUAAAGUAGAGCUAUUAAUAGCCUGUAGACCUGGGAGGGGGUGUUAUCAGUCUGACAUUUAUAAAGCUUAUUCAGACAUUUUAAUAAAGUAAUUAAUGUUUUCAUAUCUUUAUCAUGUUUGGCUCCAGCAAGGGAGUUAGCCCUGCAUGAGCAGGAAGGGAAGACAGUUAUGUACACUGCGAUGGGAGCAGAAUGGCGGCAGUUUGGGUUCCCACGGCGCAGACGUCCGUUGAGUUCCGUAGUGCUGCAAGAAGGUGUCUCAGAGAAGAUUCUACAAGAUGUGAAAGGAUUUAUUGAUCACCCCAAGUGGUACAGUGACCGAGGUAAAUUGUCUCUCCAUUCAAAUAAUGACCACCUCCAACUGUAUGUAUAUUCUUAUCCUCCUAAGCAUUGUGAUGAAAAUCAGUAUUUCUAUAUAUAAAUGCUCUUCCCACCGCUGUCAUAGCAUAAUUCAAACCUAUUUUAUGAAAUUAAAGGAGUUAAUAACUUAUUUAAAAUACCAGACUUGUCAUGUUUGAUAUCAGACAUUUUCUGAAUCCAGUGCAUCAUUUAGCUGUUACUAAUGCUUUGCAUAGGAAAAGCCACCAUUUGGGCAUUUCAUGGAAAUUAACGUAGGAGCAUAUUCACUAAAUUCAGAAUUUCGCUAAAAUAGCCAAGCUGAGUUGGAGAAAUUUUCCAGAACAGUAAUUCUUCCAUAAGUUUUCCACCUUUUUAAGUUUAAUUGGUUACAAUUAAAAUUCUAUUGACUAAACCCAUUACUUUUCCAAAACCUAGUCCAACAUAAACAUGAAGCAUAGACAAAAAUAUAAUUGCUUGUCCAUCAAUUCCCACUCGGAUAUCUAACCAGUUGUAGUUCGAUUAUGUCGCUAUCCUAUCAUUUGUUUGUUUUUAAGACCUUUUUCACUCACAAGGGCAGCCCAUCACUCGAUCGAAAGUUACUGAAUCCCAAAACAGAUCUUCUGGCCCUCCUGGGCCUCACCUCUUAAGUGAAUUGUCAGGAAUUCAAAAACUUUAAAAAAAAAAAAUGUUUUGUUUUUUUCAAAAUAACCAAAUAAAAAAAAAUGUAGUUGGCCUAAUUCCAGUUUAACUGUUGUUGCCCUGAUGUAGAUUGAAUGACAUUUAAUCUGAUUUGUAUCCUUGAGCUAUGAAACCAUCGGUAUUUAGUGUAAACUUCACAGGCUUUAUUCAUCACACAUAGGUAUCCCUUACAGAAGAGGCUACCUGCUUUACGGACCUCCAGGGUGUGGGAAAAGCAGUUUUAUGUAAGUGGGAUUAUUAAUUACAAUGCAUAUUAAAAAGGGGUGAGCUUCUUAACAAUUCUUGUUAUUCUAAUGUAUAUCUUCACUUUAGAAUAAAUUAUAUAUUAACGCCCAUUUAAAAAAUGCACAAUUUUACUGCUGAAUAUUAGUUCUUCCUUUAAGGUGGCCAAACUAUAAUGGAAUCAAUAUGGAGGUCUCCAUAUAAUUAGUGCUCCAUGCACUGUCUGUAUACAAAGUGCCGGGUGUUUUAUAGUGUGUUUCUUACGUCAUGGUUCAUUCACCUCAGAGGGAUCACUGCAUUACUUUGUAGAGCUGCAUAGAUAAAAAUCUAUGUGAAAAAUGGCUGCAUUUAGUGUAAAUUGUAAAGUACCUGUGGCUAUAGCAGAUUUGAGUCGAUGUGUUUUUUUCCCUCUUUAUUUCUUUAAACUCACAUACUGUAUGAUUUCCCUUACUGGAUACAUAUGUUAAAGGGCUGAGAAUCCACCACGUGUAGUUUAUAGAAGUGUAGCAUGUAGCAUAUGACGAUCUGCCUGCAGUUAUGUAAAUUACCUGCUGCUUCACCUUGUCCCUUACAUCCCCCAGCACUGCCAUUGCUGGAGAGCUGGAGUAUAGUAUAUGCCUGAUGAGCCUCAGUGACAACAGCCUCUCAGACGACCGUCUCAAUCACCUCUUGAGUGUGGCCCCACAACAGAGCAUCAUCCUUCUGGAAGAUGUGGAUGCCGCAUUCGUCAGCCGCGACCUGGCCAAACAGAGUUAGUAUCUUACAGUGUCAGCGGUUAACAGCCAAGACUGCUCAUUCACUCUGUUUAUUCCCUCACUGUGAUAUCAAGUUAAUGUAUAUAUUUAAAUUGAUCUAUUUAGCGAAAAAAUAAUGAGUUUAUAUAUAUUUUAUAUCUGUCAUAUCCUCCCAUUGAUCUGCCUUUGCCUUCUCUAACAUUAGGUAUAGCUGUCGUGGCAUUCCAGAAUAGUCUAUAUACCUUUUAAUUAUUAUUAUCAGCUGUGACAUUAAUGUGGAUUUUCCCCUCAUUUCCUUACUCUAGAUCCAGGAGUAUACCAGGGAAUGGGGCGUUUGACAUUCAGCGGCCUCCUAAAUGCGUUGGAUGGCGUAGCUUCCACAGAGGCUCGGAUAGUGUUCAUGACAACCAAUCACAUAGACAGGUAACACAGAGAGAACAAUGCAAUGGCUACUUUGCUGGUUCUGCAUAAAGCACAAUUGUGGGGUAAUGUACUAAAGUGGGAGUAACAAUAUUUCAUUGGUUGUCAUGGUGAUUGCUCCAAUUUUAAAACAAUGCCCCUGGACUGCUCUUAUUUAUAGAUUUUCAUUAUAGCUUGUAUCAGGCUGGCUCUGUCACCUUCUGGCGUCUUUGCAUAUUUUGCUGCUUGUUCUGGUGCUUCAUCCGUCAGGAUUCAAUGUUAGUGCUGUAAUCUCGCACGUGGACAACACUAAUAUCUGGGGAGACUCCUGCGAGACAAUGGAAGCCUCCAUAGAUAUUGUCUCACAAUGAGCAAGAUAAUGCUUUAUUCCCACAACCAUCGCUAGUUAUGGCCAGGGGAAGUUGCAGUACUUGACAGCAAUAGCUAUGCUUUUUGGCAGCUCAGGGAUUUACCAUGAGACAAAGUAGUUCCUUUUGACUGCCUUGGAUUUUCAAUGAAAUUUCAACCCAGUCUUUUUAUGAGCAUUUAAUUAACUAUUAUAUCCUUAUGAAACGCUCAAAUGUUUUGUUUUUUUUCUUUAGCUGACAAAGCUGCUUUAAGUUAGACAGUUACUUUGUUUUCCCUUGUUAGAACAUCACACUCGCGUACAAAUCUCAGAUACAUGGAAGCAUCUAAAUGUUUGUGAAAGUUUUAAAGAAGCUAAUGAUCUUGUUAAAAAGAAAGAUUGCAUUGCAAACAUUGCCUGUCCAUUGAUUUAAUUCCAGAUUAGAUCCAGCGCUGAUCCGCCCAGGGCGUGUUGAUUUCAAGCAGUAUGUGGGACACUGCACUCACUGGCAGCUCACACAAAUGUUCCUCCGUUUCUACCCGGACCAGACACUUACUACAGGAGAGCAAUUUGCUAAAGCAGCUUUCUCCCACACGGACAAACUCAGUGCUGCACAGGUUCAAGGACACUUCAUGAUGUAUAAAACAGACCCUGAAGGUGCAAUCGAGAACAUUGGCUGUGUGACUGUGUGAUACACGGCUUGUAAUGGAUCUGUCUCUUCACACAGUCUGUAAAUACAUCACAUUGCGACAUGGGCGUCACCUCAACGCCAGUCACAAAAGAAGAGAUUCCUGUGUGCAGCUCAAAAGGAGACUUGUUGACGUUGAUUAUUCAUAUUUGGCGCCUCAUAAUGAGGUUUAAAUUAUAGAUUGAUAGUUUCAUCUUGUGAACAUAAAACUUUGUUUCUUUUUAAACUGAAUUUUGCUCUGUUUGUGGAAUCUCAUUGUCCAGUCCAGAAGUUGUGUUCGGCUUUGUGCUGAGACUUCCACAAUUGUUUCAUAUAGAACAUGACUGUUCAAAACAUUCUGAUCUGUGCCAUGUAUCACAUGCAGGAUUAUAUUUUAAAGUCACCACUCCUGUGACACAAUGGGAAUUACUACUGUGCUAACUUACACACUGUAGCGAGUUUGUGCUGACUUUGUAUUUAUAGUUGGGAGGCUUAUAAUGAGACCAGAAACCUCACCUCUUACAAAAAAGACAAACCUCUUCUGCUUACAUUACUCGUAGAAGCUAUUAUAUAUUGACUAAUGUUUGGUAACUAAACAUCAUAUUUUAAUGAGUUGAAACCUGUAAUUGCAAUAUGCAGGCCAAAAAGCAGAGUUUGCUAUUUCAGUAUAAAAUUUACUACUUAGUGAAUAAACAAUUUAUUGACACAACAGCCAUCAUUGUUGAGUAAAAGGUGAGAAAUAUUAGGAUUAUGUGCUGAACCCUCAUUUGUACAGGACUAUUGCAAUGUAACUGUGUGGUUGUGCCCUAGAAUACAGUGUUAUUAAAAUCAAAGGGAACAGCACUCAAUUCCAGUCGACUCCAGGUGCACUGAAACAGGACCAGCAAAUCCAACAAUGAUAUAACAGUAGAAAUAAAAAUCUCCAGGCACUCAGAGUAUUCAAGCCACAGGCAGAUUUAUUGGAUCAAAGUAUUAGAGCAGCAACGUUUCGACCUGUCAAGCUAACACCACAUACCAAUCACAGUGUGUAUAUACCGUAAGGUCAAAUUGAUUAGCAAUAAUGUUCCAUAAAUAACAUUAAACAUUCAUCAACAGUGUAUACAAAAAUUAACUGAUACAAUAUGACACAAAAAAUUGUAAAUGAAAGCUGUUGAUUUUAAUGUCACUUUGUGUCAUAUUGUAUCAUUUAUUUUUUGUAUACACUGUUGACUGUUGUUCAUUGUUUAAUAAUAUUUAUUACUGACUAAUUGUUAUCAAUUUCCACUUAAGAUGUGUGUAUAUCUAUCUAUUAAUAUCUUCUCUCUCUCUCUCGUCUGCCCAUGCAGCCUAAUUUUUGACGGGAGGGGGGAAAUGGGGUUAUCAUAAAAUAAAUCGUAAAGAUGUAUUUUUAAAAUUACAUAAAUUACAAAAUGAGAAGGACCAUUUAUUUUUAAAUAAAAGAGAAUUAGCUUUUUUUUUUCAGAUCACAAACAGUGGAAUUGAUGUCAGUGAUCCAAACAGUCAUACAGCCCGCUGUCUUUAGAAUACUCAGGGAACACAGCAGCUAACACCGGAGUGGGGCAAUUAACCAAAAGCCCUCAAUGUGUUUUUACAGUAAAGGGAAGUGGAUAUUAUAACUUUAAGUUUACUCCAACCAAAAAUCAGUGUGAUGCCCCUUUGGUUUAAAGAAAAAAAGAAAAGGGCUUAUUUUUUUUUCCUCGCCAAGGCCAAGUUUUCCCUUAACCUCAUCCUCAGCUGACAUCACUCCCCUUUGCCUAAGUGGGAGGGAUGUCAGGGAGGACUGGGUUGCUACGGACAGUGUGGAGGGCAGUGCUGGCAUUGGCUGUCUGGCAGUGUGUGCUGUUGUCAGAUGUCAAUUUUGCACUGAAUUGACAUUAGCCAGCCAGGAACAUUAUGGAAAAAAAACACCACAAGAAAAUGGUAUUCAUCGUAGAUUGAGAUGUAGGUUACUAAGACAAAUGAUCUGAUGGAAGGAAGUAAACCAUGUUGGUCACAUGGAGAGAUGGCAGUUGUAGGUCUCCUUGCAGACUGUCCAAUUGUUAAAGCUUUUCGUAGAUAAUGUUCGAGGUUCUCUUACAGAAUGAACAUGUUAUCUGUGGCUUUUUAUUGAUGCCGCUCAAUUAACUGGAGGUUGACUGGUCGAUCAGGUACCAUAGUUACACGGUUAAGGGCUCUUACUUCUCCCAUGUCCGGGUCAGGGUGUACUCGAAACAUUUUUAUUAUCUAAAGAGUUAGACAAGCAAAUAUUGAGACAGUGUUAGAGAACACCACAUUGUAGGAAACUGAUCUAGACAAUUUAAGCUAAAAUACCAAAAUUGAGAAUUUAUCAAAAUCCGCUAUUCAUGCAUAUAUUUUGUAAACUGGUUUUUAAAUGACAACUUUAUUUAAUAUUUUACUAUAGGCUGUACAUUUUCUGUUUUCCAUAUAGCACAUUCAUCAGCAUGUCCUAUUCUUUCCCAUUAGCCAGUGAGAAUGACCUAGUCUGCAAUUUGAUAUUAUUCAUGCUUUGCACUAAACAAGGAUAAUUUAAACUGGUAGCCUCUCCUGCAACUGUCAAAAAUAACCUAAGUUCUCAGUGAUAACUUUUCUAGCAACUGAUUUCAUUACCCCUCCUUAUACCUUUGUGUCACUAUACCCCACUCCCUCUAACAUGUAAGCUCAUAGAGCAGGACCCUCAACCACUCUGUUCCUGUGCGUCCAUCUUUCUGGUUACAAUUACGUGUCUGUUCGUCCAACCAUUGUACAGCACUAUGGAAUUUGCUGGCACUAUAUAAAUAAUAAAAUAAUAAUCCCAGAC